AGCUCACCGGGGACUCUCUGAGCUGCUGUAGAGCUUCCUCCUCCUCCUCCUCCUCCUCGGCACGGACGCGCCCUCCCCCUUCAGCGGAGCGGAUCAGCGCGCGGUGGAUGCGCUCACACUGGAGUACAGAGCUGCAUCAAGGACAGGAGGGAAGCACUUUGACCAGCACUGAGGAGCGGCACGGUGCGUGCUGCGUUUUCUAUUGGAAGAACAACUUGGGGAUUUCGGUGCAAGCCUCAAACUUACCUCUGAGGACGGAGGACGACUUGUCGGGUCAGCAUGGCAUCUCUCAUGAACUCUGCCUGCCUCCUCUUCUUGCCUGUUGCUCUGCUACUGAUGCUGAGCCCGUGCCCUGUUGCUGCAUCGUCAGCCAGACGGUGUCACUCCAUCUAUAAGGGUUUUGCUCAGUGUCUGAUGGCUCUGGGCGACAGUCUCACGGACAGUGCUCGCAAGGACGAAGACAUGCAUGAGAUACACUCCAUCUGCAGGUCAUGGGAUGAGUUCCAUGACUGCGCCAACGUGGCGAUGGCUGGUUGUCCUGAUGAGGCGGCAGCUGUCUGGGAAUCUCUCCGUCAGGAAUCCAAAAAGAUGCAGUUCUCCGGAAACCUGUACGACAUGUGCUCCAACCGUAACAACCACCCAGUGGCCUCAGUCUCCCCGCACGGCUCACCCAACCAGGAAGAGAUCAACCAGGAGUCUCUAAGAGGGUGCGCUGAUCAUCUGGCGGGCUGCCUCCACUUUCUCAUGCUACUUUCUCCUCUGCUGCUGUUGUUGUUUUGGAUAUAGCUACCCCCAAAGAAAUGGGACUAGUGUGAAUAGAUAUAAACUUUGUGUAUUUUUUUCUUUCACAAGUCCAUAGACUUUCCACUUUUUUUUUCCUCUGCUCUGCCAGGGGGUGAAUAUUUCUAGCUGCAUGUUCAGAGGCCCGACAGUCUUUUUGAUAAUGUAUCUUUAAACUGCCUGUGCCGUUUCAUGCAUAUUCUCUGCCUUUUAAUUAGUCUCUCUGUUGGAAACACACAAAAUUCAUACAGAGAUGCACAACCACUAAACAAACAGACCUGCAAACACAUACAUAGUUAAACAGAUACAUACGGCAGCCUCAUGUCAUCUGUCUUCAUCCCCUCUCCCCCUACAUCUAGUUUAUCUGGUUAGUAUGAGCUUGUGUAUGAUGGUUCCUGGGGGAGUUUAUCUUCCUGAGUGUAAUAAAAGAGACACACUUGAUGAACGUGAAAACUCAGUGAUAAAGAGUCCAGACGCCACGACUAGCUAAACUCAUUCAUUCAUCAGCUUUAAGUAUGAAGCAUUUGAUAAUCAUUUAAAUC